UGGAAGUCCACCCACAAGAAACGGUCAGCAUUUUGUACUUUGGACUCCCAAAGCAAACAGAAAAAUAGUCUACGUAGAUAGUGGAAGUGAAAGUCAGACUUCAGGCUUUUCUUCAUCCAUGGCGUCAAGCAGUAUGAAUCAGGCUGAGGCUCAGAGUCUUAGUGAGGAUCUUACCUGCUCCAUUUGCUGUGAUCUGUUUAAAGAUCCAGUUAUGCUUGGCUGCAUGCAUCACUUUUGCAGGAGAUGCAUCACAACCUACUGGAAAGGUAUCAGAGGUCCAGCUGUCUGCCCUCACUGUCGCAAGGAGUUCCCUAAUAAACAGUUUCAGACUAACUAUUUGGUAGCUGGUCUGGUCGAAAAGGUCAGAACCAAUUCGUCAGCUGGGUCUGUGAGGAAUUUACAGAAACAGUUUAUGGAGUCUGUGGAAUCUCAUAAAUCACGGAAACAAGAGCUUAUGGCUAUGAUUCAUAAAGGUGAAGAACAGAUGAAGACAUUAAAGAAAGUGGGAGCUGAUCUUAGGGAGAGAGUGUGUUGGGACUUCCAGGCUCUGCACCAUUUCUUGAACGUGGAGGAGGCAGCCAUGCUGGACCAGCUGAGGAGGGAUCAGAUGGACCUUGAGCAGAGACUGGAACUCAACAUAGAGGCCCUGCAUACCGCAAUUCGAGAACUAGGGCAGACUAUGGGCUCACUCCAAAGAGCUACCAGCAGAGUAGGGAACAUGGUACCAGUGGAGCAGCCAGAAUUAAAUUCCAGAACACAUGUUCCAGCCAUUAGUGGACCUACUUUUGAAGGUUUAAAGACCAAAUACUUAGCACCACUACAGUACACCUUGUGGCGAAAAAUGUUUAAGAACUUACAACCAGGCCCACUUCCACUGACUUUUGAUGAGGACACAGUUCAUCCCAGCCUAAAGCUCUCUCGAGACAGGACCCAAGUGGUUGAGACUAAAGCCAUUCUACCAUACAAACCCAAUAAAAAGCGCUUCAUUCAGUGCGUUAAUGUUCUUGCAGACCAUGGAUUCCAUACAGGUAGACAUUACUGGGAGGUGGGUGUUGGCACCAAGCCCAAGUGGGACAUAGGGGUUGCCCUGGAAACAGUGAAUCGACAGGCACGGGUUAAGCUGUGCCCAAAUAAUGGGUACUGGACCAUUCGACUGCGCAACAACACCGAGUACUCAGCAGGCACCCAACCCUGGACCCCAAUACGUGUGACCUCUCAACCUCUGAGGGUUGGGAUUUUUGUAGAUUGUGAGGAGCGCAUAGUUUCCUUCUACAAUGCUGAUGACAUGAGCCUGCUCUACUCAUUCUCCAAUGGACCCAGAGAGAAGGCUUUUCCGUUCUUUAGCACAUGCCUAAGUGAACCUGGGCAGCAAGCUCAGCCGAUCCAUCUCCUGCACUUUUCCCGCAUGGCUAUCUGAAAAUCCUGACAACAAGAAUCUUCAGAUCUUCCUACAAAGUGUGUAAAUUACAUACAUAUAGACUGCCUGUCCCUUAAAAAGUCACGUCUUAGAUUUAACUAAGCAAAUGUGUAAGAGCCUUCCCUUGAAUAAUUACUGCAGUGAUAUGUUUUAGCGGGGUUUAUUUAACCCUAACUGAUGCAGUGAACAGCUUCGCGUUUCUUAAGCAUCCAUGUCAAAAGAUAUCCUGUGGUCAACUAAGACAAAAAAGAAAUCAACUAAGGAGAUUAUUAUUAAAAUUCUGUUAGGAAAUGUCCAACACAGUAUUGAAACCUGGAAACAUACUGGUGAACUAUUAUGUUCGAGGAUAAAAUGUCAGAAAAAUUCUUCUUGGUCGGAGAAGAAGAUCUUGAUCGGAAAUCAAAACAUAGAACUCACAGCUACGUUUGAUAGUGAAAGCAAAAGUGUUUCUUUCAUUGCCAUUUCAACCAUAUAUAGCUGACACAGUGCAUAGUGAAAUGAGACAACAUUUCUGCAGGAUCACUGUGCUACAUAGAAGAAUUCUAUCUGCAUAGAAUUCUACCCGCACACUGCAAAGGGGAUGCAAGGGAUUGGGGCUAAACAGCUGUGUGCCAUUAAGAACAGCUGUGUAGCAUUGUGGCUAUUAAAGGAAAAAGGCUUCAAAUUGCUAAGGAGCAUAAAGUUUGGACUCUGGAGCAACAGAAAAAGGUCAUGUGGUCUGAUGAGUCCAAAUUGGCCCUGUUUGAGAGUGAUUUAGCACAUCAGGGCAAGAGAAGUGGAUGAUGAAUUAUUUCACCUAUGAUGCCAAGUGCCUAUCGUAACAUGUAUUUGUUAUGAUCUGGGGUUGAUCAGGUGUAGGUUCAGCAAACAUAUGUGCCAAAAAUGAGGUCAGUUAACUACCUGACUAUACUGAAUGACCAGGUUUUUCCAUCAAUGGAUAUUUUCUUCCCUGAUGGCAUAUUCAAAAAUUUUGGUGCCAGGGGUCAUCGAACUCAAAUUGUGAAAGAGUGGUUCAGAGAGCAUGAGACAUCAUUUUCACAAAUGUACUGGCCACCGUAGAGUCCAUACUUUAACUCCAUUGAGAAUCUAUUGGAUGUGCUGGAGAAGACUUUAUGCAUUGGUCAGACUCUCAUCAAUACAAUAUCUUGGCUAGAAAUGAAUGCAACUCUUUCCAGAACUAAAAUUGAGAUAUUGCAUAAGCUUUUUGAAACAAUGUCACAGCAAAUACAUGCUGUAAUCAAAGCAAAAGGUGGUAGGUAGUGUGUGACACAGGACAUUAAAUCAUUUACAAAGCUCAGCAUGCAUGUUUUAGUAAUACAGCUUUCAUUAAUCAUGUUUUAUUCCUGCAUAUUCAGUAAUUCAUGUGUAUAAUGUACAAACUAUGAUCAAUAACAGUUCUUUAAUCAUGUUAUUUUGUGAACAGUUGAGAGUGGCUGGUGAAAGAUAUGAUUUUGCUCAGAGAAUUGACAGUGAUGAAGUAAUUCAACUAACCUUGCAACGUUUCAGAAGCAAUGCCACUCUAAUUUCUCUAAAAUUUCUCUAUUAUGAAAAUUUCUCUAUUAUGAAAAUGUCAUAGAGUCUGUAAACAAUUUAUUUGUACCUAUAUUUUGUAGAUGUACCUAUAUACUGGAUGAACUGUAAAUAUUUCAUAAUUCUUUGCUGAUUUUUACAAGUCAUUAAACAAUCUGUAAUGUGUUCAGGAAGACGACCUAGUCAGACACACUAUACAAUGUAUGUAAGUAAUAUACAGUAAUAAAUAAAGAAAAAUGUUAUCA